AUGGAGGUGAACGAUGCUCCCUCACAGGGCUCGCCCAACACUACCUCUCAGCAGCAAUUCGCCGUACUCGACAUGUUCAUUCCCGGCUUCUCGCUGGUCUCUUCUCUUGCGCAGGCGUACCUGGGUAUCGACCUCAACCUCUACAUCCCCAUGCUGAUGGUCCUUGUGAGUACCUCUUUCGCAUGGAGCUAUAUCUCUUCCAUGCUGUACGGCCUCAUUGAAAGCCAUCUCAUGUCUUCUGUGCGGAUCCGUACCGAUGAUGAGAUCUUCAACAUGAUCAUGGCGUGGGUCGCCACGCAAAAUUUCUCGCGCAAGAGUCGGCGCUUUAUCGCCAACACCAACCUCAACUCGAGGGCCUGGUCCAUGUGGCGCUUCUUCAAUGAUGAAGACGAGGAUGAGGAUGAGGACGAGGAGCAAGACUGGCGAAAAAAGGAGACCAGCAAGAAUAAGAAGCAGUUGCGAUAUACACCCAGCUAUGGCACUCAUCUCUUCUUCUUCCGGCACCGGCCUCUCCUGUUCGAGCGCUGCGAGAAUCGGGAGCAGAUGGGAUCCCUGAUGAUCUCCGAGAAGGAGGAGAUUAUUAUCUCAUGCUUUGGUCGUAGCGCCGAUCUGAUCAAGGAGCUUCUGCACGAAGCACGGGAGCAGCACAUGGCCAAGGACGAACAAAAGACGCUCAUCUACCGGGGUGGGAGUGAUGGGCAGGGGGGCGACCUCACUUGGAAGCGCUGCAUGGCUCGGUCAACGCGGCCGUUCUCGACAGUAAUUCUCAACGAGAAGGUCAAGCAGGAGCUUGUGGACGACGUCGCCGACUAUCUCGCGCCAAAGACCCGAAAAUGGUACGCGAAUCGCGGCAUUCCCUAUCGACGAGGCUACCUCCUCCAUGGGCCUCCCGGCACGGGCAAGAGUUCGUUGAGUCUGGCGUUGGCUGGCUAUUUCCGAAUGAAGAUUUACAUCCUCUCGCUGAGCUCGCCCAUGGCUACCGAGGAUAAUGUGUCGCAACUGUUCGCAUCCCUCCCCAUGCGCUGCGUCGUCCUGCUGGAGGACAUUGACAGCGCUGGCCUCACACACACGCGCGAAGGCGAGAGCAGAAGCAAGGACGAUGCUGCGUCCCCUCCCGCUCCCGCCGCAGAGAACAAGGCGGUCCCCCACACGGGCAGGCUCUCUCUUUCCGGUCUCUUGAACAUUCUCGACGGCGUCGCCUCGCAAGAGGGCCGCGUGCUCAUCAUGACAACCAACCACAUUGAGAAACUCGACAAGGCCUUGAUCCGCCCCGGUCGCGUGGAUAUGACGGUCGAGUUUGGUCGAGCGGAUCCUGGCAUGACGGCUUCCAUCUUUCGAGCCAUGUACACACCUUUUGAGGGUGAGGAGACACCUUCCACAAGCGGUCCCAACAGCCCUGCCCCCUCGCCAGCCAAGAAGGGUACAAAAGCGCUGAAGGACACAGCUCUUGCAGAGAAACAGAAGCUGCGUGACGACGAGGCCCGGAACCGGGCCACUGAGCGCAUUGUUGACCUGUCCCAUCAAUUCGCCGCCAAGAUCCCAUCCGGCGAGUUCUCACCCGCCGAGAUUCAGGGUCUUCUCCUACGACACAAGCGUUCGCCUCUCGCUGCGAUCGAUGCGGUAGACAGCUGGAUCACAUCCACUCGCAAGGACAAGAUGGAGCGGGAGGCGCGGGAGGCCGAGGAGAAGGAGAAGGCGAGGAAGAAGGCGGAGAGGGAGAAGCGGCGCAAGGCCAAACAAAAGGCCAAGAAGAAGGCCAAAGGCGAGGACGUCAGCUCGUCGGGAUCAGGCUCGGAUUUGGAGAUUGAGGCCCAAGAGCAGGCUGGAGGGAAAGAUACAAGGAGCAAGGCCACUCCGGACUCGGGGUACGGAACGUCCUGA